AUGGCAAUCUUUGCAGUUGGUGCAUUUAUUACAAUCGUCGCGAUUAUCUGUCUUGCUGUUAUCUCGAGCGAAGUAUUGGAACACGGCUCAGCUUUGCCAGACGUCACUUGGUUCACAAGCAAGUUCUCAUGGACGGUAAUAGAUCCUGCCGUAGGCUGCUUUGUGGCAUGUAUGCCGACCUAUUCACCACUUGUCAAGCCUCUGAGACAUGUUCGGGAUUACGUGAGCCUAGUAGGCGUAUCGUGGACUCGUUCAUCUAAUGCCAGCCGGAAAGGAACGACCAAAAUCGAAGAUAGCAAUGCGGAUAACUUCUAUCUUGCAAAUUACAAACCGGCUGGCACAAGAGAAGUAACGGUGGCCAGGAAAUCCUCAAGCAUCAACUCUCGACAAGAACUCCAUCCUGUUCCAGGAACCGUAACAGUGAAGAGAGAUUUCACUCGGGAAGACCAUAGGGAGGAUAACUGGUGA